AUGUCUAGCACCGCCGCGCUCACCCAGGUCAUGCGUCGCGCUGCAAAGGCGCUGCCGCCCAUCAACUCGGCCGAAUUUGCCAAAUCGUUCGACUGGCUGGGUCAAUACCAGGUGGUCCUGCUGGGGGAUGCCAGCCACGGCACUUCGGAGUUCUAUGCUGCGCGGGCAGAAAUCACAAAGCGCCUCAUCACGGAGCACGGAGUCAAAUGUCUGGCGCUCGAGGCGGAUUGGCCCGAUGCCGAGGCGAUUGAUCAGUACGUCCGACGGUGGCCAGGCCAGCGUCCUGAUCCGGUGCAGACACCACCAUCCCAAGAGAGCCCGUUUCAGCGCUUCCCCACGUGGAUGUGGAGGAACCGGGAAAUGCAGGAUCUGGUCCAUUGGAUGAGAGAUUAUAACGACGGAUUGCCCGCAGAGGACAAGACGGGCGUGUAUGGAUUGGAUCUAUACUCGAUGGGCUCUAGCAUGAGCUCAGUGAUCCAGUACUUACAGAAUAUCGAUCCAGAAAUGGCCAACGAGGCAAGAGAACGAUAUGCGGGACUGCAGCGCUGGGUCAACAGAGAACACCAAUACGGCCGCAAGAUGCUCCAAGGCAAAUACGUGGAGAAUCUUAAGACUUGUGAGGAAGAUGUCAUCAAGAUGCUCCUGGAGUUGCUGCGCAAGAGGCUCGAGUACUCGGCCAAAAUCAACGACGGUGAAAGAUUCCACAGCGCCGAGCAGAAUGCCGUGUUGGUGGUGGAUGCCGAGGAGUACUAUCGUAAGAUGUACUACAGUGAUGUGGUCAGCUGGAAUCUGAGGGACUUGCACAUGUUCGACACAUUGAAGCGCCUCCUUGACUUCCGGAAAUCCAAGGCUGUGGUAUGGGCUCACAAUAGCCACUUGGGCGACGCACGAUAUACCGAGAUGGGCACGCAGCGGGGAGAACUCAAUCUCGGCCAGCUCUGCCGCGAGAAUCUAGCCGAUGUCGUCCUUGUAGGUUGCGGCACACAUGACGGCACGGUAGCUGCUGCACAUGAGUGGGAUGAUGACAUGCAAAUCAUGAAAGUCAAUCCGUCGCGCGAGGACAGUUGGGAGUAUGUGGCCCACAGCACCAAUAUUCCAAGAUUUGUUCUCGAUAUGCGAAAAGCGCACUGUGACGAAGAUACGCGCAGAGCACUGUCCGCUAAUCGGCUCGAGCGAUUCAUCGGUGUCAUCUACCGGCCAAAGACGGAGUUGUGGAGCCAUUACAGUCGCUCCCGGUUGUCCAAACAGUUUGACGCAUAUGUGUUCUUCGACAGGACGCAGGCGGUGGGAGCGCUGGAGAAGACGCAGCCCAAGACGUCACUGCUCGAGGCCGAAACAUAUCCGUUUGGUUUGUGA